ACCAAAUAAAUCCACAACGUUCCGAGGCUUUCACUGUCGGAGAAGCUCUCCGAUCAUGCUUCAAUUCCCAGCGUUCAUGCGCCAGUUCCCCUCGCCGCCGUUGAUUCCUUCAUCCACUCUUCUCCCCUUAUGGCCUCACGCUCAGAACGACGAGAUGCUUCUCGCCAUGGAGGAAUCAGAGCUCGAAGAUAAGUUGAAUGAGAUUAGAAAGACCAAUAACAAUCUUGUGGUGGUCGGGAAGACGUCUGUCGAUUAUAAGGAAGACUUUGAUGCUGACGCGGAAGAUGAUGAUGCUGAUAAUGUUGAAGAGUCUGAUGGCGAUGACUUCGAGCAAGAAACAGGUUAACACGCACCAAUUCCUCAAUAAGGAACCCAAGGUCAUGAUAAUUCUCAACUUUGAAUGUUCUUAAGAUUCGGUAUUAUGAUUCUAUAGUGAAACAGUUUGCUAAGAAAGUUAUAUCAAUCCAAUAGUUGCUUUCGUUUGGUUGUGAACUAGUUGCAGAUAUUUCGAUGUGGAAUGUUGUUAUUAUAGUUAUCAAAGUAGACAUGUGAAAAUGAGCCUUUGUGGUCAGACCAAUGGUUUCUUAUGCAUCUGAUAUUGACUUGUGGA